AUGUUCAAACAUUCGAUAUAUUUUCAAUUUUUCUAUUCUUCAUCGGAAAAAGCAUCUUUACAGGCAUUUGCUGACGCAAAGAAAGCAGCUGUUUUACGAGUGGUGCAGGUAUUUAACGACCUGGGUCAACAAUCCGGUCGUACGAAGAUACGCUGUGGUGGUGCCAUUGUUCCUCGUUUCUUUGAAACUAUGCUUUCUGAGGUGCCUGAUAUUCUCUUUAAUGGAUCGCUUACCAAACUAGACGGAUUUGUUUAUCACGUAACAGUCACGCCGAUGUCCGCAAAAACGUUUGUUGUCAAUAGAACUGUUACGGGAUUUGAAUUGGAUAUUUUUCAGCUAAUAACAACCUAGCAGAGGGCUAGUUUUCAAUAUCAUUUUAUCAAAGCAUCUGACGCUGGUAAACUUUUACAAGCCCUCAAUGAUGGAAAGCUUGAUGUAAUGCUGAACGUUAUGCAGAGUAAGUUUCGCUUCAACAUUAUCUGGGCUAUUUGGCCGGAGCAUCAAGGAUACUGCAUCACGCUACCAAGGACGUUUGAACGGAUGCAUUUGGAUUUGCUUUUUCAUCCUUUCAAUUGGCACAUCUGGGUGGUUUUAAUAGUUUUGUUGCUUUUCAUGCAGUUGUUAAAUUUAAUUUUUCCUACUAAAUUUCAACACAAUCUUAUCAUGAUGUGUUUUUUUGGAAGUGGCCCAGCAGAGCAUGCUCUCACGUCAUCGGCACGGUUGAUGGUGUGCUCAGUGUGUGUUGUCAUUUUCUUACUCACGGAAACUUAUCAAGCGAUUCUGUUAUCUUUGAUAGCGGCUGAUUCUUAUGUAAGACCUCCGAAAACAAUUGAAGAUUUUCUCGAAUUGAAUUUGACGCUUUACACCAUAGAAGGCAUGAAGCACAUGAUUCCUACAAAAUUGAUACCGAUAACGCACAUCAUAGGUUCCUCUAUGACGCUUUACUCUAUAUUUUCCUAUGCUACGGUUCAGCCUUGUUCGGAUGCGAGUUUUUGGAACACCAACCCAUUAAAAAUAAUUCUACCUGAAAGAAAUGAACUCAUUACGGUACAACCUCCAUUAUUCUACUUACCAAACUAUGUAUCAUUUAGCCAGUUGAGCCCGGCAAUGCGUAAUUACCAACUUUACAUGAAUUGGUUGUUUGAAUCUGGUAUUUACCACUUUAUCUAUCAAAAAUGGUAUCCGAAGAGAAUGUUUCGAGAAAAAGAAGCUUCUUUUAAUGAUUCGAUUGUAUUGACAGACGAUUUGAUACCAGUGUGGGAGCUGUUCGGGUUUGGUUUGAUAGUAAGUGCGCUUGUUUUUGCAAAUGAAUGGAUACUGUAUUAUUUCAAGAAUCGUUAUCGACACACUCGUUAA